AUGUCGGACCAUGUGUCCGCGGCUUCAAGGGAUGUAACUCCUAGGCUCGAUGAGCCCGAGCGUCGCGCUCCGCGCACGCUAUCAGUUACGAGUGACCUCGUUGAGGAUGUGGUGGUGUUCCACUACCAGUCUGACACUCCUUUUCCCCGGUGGAAUGACGAGGAAGGCGAGCCGCGCCCUGCUCGCGACUUGCGGACCCCAUGUCUGUUUCCUGACCUGUCAUCACUUAAGGGACGUGGUGUCAUCACCAAUGACCUCGACAAGGCACAAAGGCGGCAGCUGGAAGAUGCCCGUAAGGCGUCUCUGAUGCGCGCCCAUCCACGGUCAGUCAUUGACCCUCGUGUGGAAUAUGGCUUCCGCCCGACGGAUCCCUAUGUGAAAGCAAAGGACGCGGUCACUCGAUCGUUACGCGCCCAGACCAUCGGGGCUCCGGCCAUUUCGGAAGCUGGGCUUGCAGAACGGAAAGGUCUUCGAGCUCGUUUCUUGGUCCCACAAGAAAUUUCGCUGGACGUAUAUCGCACUCGUCUACGUGCUCAACGAGGUGGCUCUUAA